ACGACUCAUACUCAAGCAUUAUCUUAUCUUCCAUCUUCUGGUUAUGGUGAAGGUCCAAAUAAAGGACGAUGUAGGGAGAAAAGGGAGGAUUUAAGGGGUGGUCUCUUGGUUCCGUUCCGCAGUGUACCACGUGACGGGUAUUGACCAAUCAGGGGGCGCGCUUUGUGACCGCCGCCAAGAUCAUACCGCCGCUCGCCUCGGGAACACUGUGGGGACCAACUCCAAUUUCUCCCCCAGGACGGUCUUAAACGCCCCUCCAUGACACUCCCAAGUAAAUGAAUGUAUGCGAUAUACCAUCACCGCCCCGCUAUUCCAAAAUGUAGGCCGCAAGAGGCACACCAAGCGGCCGAAAAGGGAGUGAACAGCUCGCCAUUUUAGGAAGCUGCAGUCGGUGGGCUGUUUGUUGUUGUUUUUCUGUGUCCGGUUUUUGGUACUGUGGAGGCGUCUUUUGGGCAACUGAAACUCUUGCCGGAUACUGUGACGCCUGUAGCAGGUCAAGAUGGCUCAGAACCAGCAGAAUAUCACCACAUUGCUCAUUCCUGACCCGAAUGGAUAUCCUUUGUCACCACACACCUGCCCACCUCUGGCUACCCACUGGAGGACAGCCACAGAUGAUCAAGUUAAUGGGUAACAAGGGUGGGCACUUGCCUGUCCAGCUGGCUGGAGGGGGUGCUAGUGGUUCUGGAACCAAUGUCAAGGCUACAUUUGUCAAAACUUCAGGUGACCAGAACCAGACUGUACUGCAGACCAGCAAAUUACCUAGUGGUCAGAUUAUUGCCAUACCAACAAAGCAAGGCCAGCUCAGUACCCAGAAUAUGCGUGGAAAUCAAGUAGUGUUACCAGUCAGCAGCACACAACUCAAGUCACCAUUAAGAACUUUGGACCAACAACAUCCAGUAGUUGCCAGUAGAUCAUCUCUCACUACCUCUCCAGUUGUCAUUCGUACACAGACAGGUUCCCUUACUUCCACUCCUGUAACUUUACAGACACAGCAGGUGGGGCAGCCUCAGGUUAGGCAUCAUCAAGCUCAGCAGACACAGCAGCAACAGUCACAUCAACAGCAUCAGCAGCAGAAUACCAGCCAAGUCAUAAACAGCACACCUCCCAAGAGUCUCAUCACAACGCCAAUCUUAGAUCACAGUGGUGCUCGGAAACGACACGACUUCGACUUCGAUUAUGGAGUUGAAAACAAACGAAGGAAGAGUGAGAAGGGAGGUAAAGGCCUACGUCACUUUUCCAUGAAGGUUUGUGAGAAAGUUAAAGCUAAAGGCACGACUUCCUACAAUGAAGUUGCAGAUGAGUUGGUGUCAGAGUUCACGGAUCCCACGCGCUGUGCUUCACCGUCUGAUGGUGCUAACUAUGACCAGAAGAACAUUCGGCGGCGAGUUUAUGAUGCUUUGAAUGUUUUGAUGGCCAUGAACAUUAUCAGCAAAGAAAAGAAAGAGAUAAGAUGGUUAGGAUUGCCCACAAAUUCAGCUCAAGAAUGUCGGAAACUGGAACAGGAAAGAUAUAAAAGAGUAGAACGAAUAAAACUCAAAACACAACAGCUUCAAGAUCUCAUAAUACAACAAAUUGCCUUCAAAAACCUGGUUGAACGAAAUCGAACUGAAGAACGGAUACAGGGAGCACCUUCGCCAAACUCAGCCAUCCAGUUACCAUUUAUCAUCGUUAACACUAACAAGAAAACCGUUAUUGAGUGUUCUAUUUCCAAUGACAAAACUGAAUAUCUUUUCGACUUCGAAGAUAGAUUUGAAAUCCAUGAUGACAUUGAAGUUUUGAAACGAAUGGGCAUGGCUUUAGGUCUCGACAAAGCUCAGUGCUCAGAAGUGGACCUAGAGAGAGCAAAGGCAUUGGUACCGAAGGCUUUGGAAAGCUACGUAAUAGAUUUAGCGGAGGGUAACCAUGAACCGAAGCUCAAUCUGCGAGAAGAUUUUACUGUGCUGGGCUCAGAGGGCUUUGCAGAAGAGGACCUAGAAGUGGGUGCCAUGACACGGACAGGUACUACAAGUUCUAGUAACACACUUGGAGCCAUAUCCCGCCACUCCUCACUCAUCUCCCUCCAGAAUGAACAUCGAGGAGACUCUGCUUCGCCGUCUUCCUUUGGUGAUGAGGAAGAUGAAGACAUGUUGGAUGACUCUGAUGUGGACAUUAGUUAGUGAUGCAAAUGGCUUAGGAGAGGUGACUUUAUGUUGGCAAACCUGUGAAACAUGAGGAAGGAUUUUUAUUUUGAGUAUUGUGAAGCAUGGUGUUGCAGUGUUGUUUGGAGGUUGAUAGUGUAAGAAAAUUUGUGGAGUGUAUGGUGUUGGAGCAGUCAUGUAGCAUGCAUCUUAUGGCCUGUGAAAAGUUAGCACAGGUUAACUGGUGAUAAGUGUACAUCCAGUGAUUGAUAAAAGGAAUUAUCUGAAGCUUCUUUUAUUAAACUGGAAGGGAAGUGGGAUGUGGUUGAAGCUGGAAAGUUUUCAUACAAAUUACUCGAGCAUUUUUAAGCGUGGAAAGUGAUAUCAGUGUGGAGUACAAGUAAGGAGUUGGCCCUUGAAUGUUAAUAUUGAAAAGAUAGAAGUGCUUUAUUUUCCUGAAAGUAAACACAUUGGGAAAGAGAAGAAAUGGGAGUAUACUAAGUGGGAUUUGUAAUACUUGUAUAUGAGGGAGGGCCAUUUCAGCCUUGGGAUUUAGUACAAAGUAAAGUACAAUUUGUACUAUUGCAUCUCUAGUGGCAUAGGCAUUUCUUUGACUGGACUGUUUAUAUGCAAUCUUUAUUUGAAAUGUCACUUCUUUUAUAUCCAGAAUUAUUUAUGAGUUUUACAGAUCUUUCUGCUGUGGGAGACUGGCAAGACUUGAAUUUAUUGUGAAGUACUGUACUAAAACUUUUAUGAAUUUUUCUGAAAUUUAUUGAAUUAAUGUAUGUAUACAUACUCAAUUAAGUUUUGACCAUGCUCUCGAAGUGGAAAGGCUUGAAUCACAAAUGAUAAGAUUUUUUCCAGUGAUAAGGUAAAUGUCCUUGCCUGCCAGCUUAUUGGUGGAAUACAUUAUAUGCCAUUUAGGGAUAUAUAGGUAUGUUUGCAUCACCAAUAAUGUCAUUUCACAUCUUACAAAGUGAGUUUAUUUUUUAUGAGAAAUAUAUGUGCAACAGAAGCUUAUAACCUAGUGUGAAAAAUGUGUACAUAAGACUGCUCAUACAGCCGUAAUUAAUGCUAAAACUGUCUUCACAUAUGCAUGUAAGUGGCAAGGGUAGAUGGUCCUUGUUAAUCAGUAUGUAUGCUAUUGUGUGUAUUAUUAACUUCUAAUUCUGGAACUGCUAAAACCUAGUAAAUGAGGAUCUUCAACCCUACCCUUGUCACAGGCACCCCACCCCACCACUUUUUUGUGAUUUCAUUAAACCACAUAAUGGUCUCAAUACAAUCAUUACAAAAUUGUGAAUAGUACAAAUUGUUUAGAUUGAGGUGUUGAUAUUCCUCUCAUUCCCAGAUAAACUUAGAGGGAAAUGAUGCCUGCCUACCACAGUAGAGUGAGUGUGGAAUGAGUCUGUCUUAACAGUUAUUGGUUGCCUGAUUAAUAUUGUUACAUUGUACUCAUUCUUAUUGAUAGCCUGUGGCAUGACAAUGAAAAUAGAAAUGAAGGGGCAUUUAAUGUUUAUAGGUAAAGUUGUUGUCUUAGGUAGUAAUGCAAAGUAAUUUCUUGUUCUAUGCAUACCCCAUAAUGUUGAUUUAUAUUACGGACUAAUAAUUUUGAAAAUUUUUAUUUAAUAUACCAUGUAUCAAAUCAAAUUGAGAAAUUUGGGGCAAAGGAAAAAGAUUAUUGAUGAAAUUGAGAGUUAAAGAUUAAUUACUAUAUAUUUUUUAUAUCAGCCUUUACCAAGAAAUGUUAGCUACAAUUUAAAACCAAAGUUAUGAAUGGAAACGUUCAGUGUUAAAGGAUGGAAGCAUGUUUAUGAAUUACAUUUCAGUAUAAAAUACAGAACUACAAAUUCAAUGGAUUAAAGUUUCUUAUUCUCCAUCUGAAUGAGAUAAACCUGUCCGGUGUAGAUGAAUAUGAAUAAAGACAUGAACACUGAUUUCUGCCAAUCUUCAAAAAUUCAAGAUGGAAGGAAAUAAAUGUGUGGAAAUGGUGAGAGUGCUAUGUAGACAUUAGUUUCUGCACUGAGGGGUCCCUGUUCUUUUGUCUUCACACAGACCUUAAGGAUCACAUUGUAAAAUGUUGGAAUAGAUUUUUUUGAGUAA